GAACGCACACAGCACACUUGUUUCCUCUGGUUGGUAUAUCAUCACUUGUCUCUUCUCUCUCUACACACACACACACACACACUCUCUCUCUCUCUGUCUCUCUCAAAAUGGCCGGGCAGAAGCUUAUGAAUGCGGUUCGGUUCGAUGGUUAUGGUGGAGGUGCUGCUGGUUUAAAGCAUGUUGAAGUUCCUGCUGCCUCUCCUUGUAAAGGUGAGGUUUUGCUAAAACUGGAAGCAACAAGCUUAAAUCCAGUGGAUUGGAAAAUUCAAAAGGGCAUGCUACGCCCCAUUCUCCCCCGCAAAUUUCCGUAUAUACCUUGUACUGAUGUAGCAGGAGAGGUGGUAGAGGUUGGAGCUGGAGUCGAGAAUUUCAAACCUGGUGACAAAGUCGUAGCCAUUCUUAGCCAUGCUACUGGAGGUGGACUAGCUGAGUUUGCAGUGGCCAAGGAGAGUUUGACUGUUCCAAGGCCGCCUGAAGUAUCAGCAGCAGAAGGUGCAGCCUUACCCGUAGCCGGUCUCACAGCUCAUCAGGCUCUCACUCAGUCGGCAGGGAUCAAGCUUGAUGGUAGCAGCCCACGAAAAAAUAUUCUAAUUACGGCUGCCUCAGGUGGUGUGGGUCAUUAUGCAGUUCAACUAGCAAAGCUUGGAAACACACACGUUACAGCCACAUGUGGGGCACGGAACAUGGAUUUCGUGAAGAGCUUAGGGGCCGAUGAAGUCCUCGACUACAAAACUCCAGAGGGGGCAGCUUUGAAGAGCCCAUCUGGCCAGAAAUAUGAUGCAGUUAUUCACUGUGCCGUGGGCUUUCCUUGGUCUACUUUUGAGCCUAAUUUGAGCGCGAAUGGGAAGGUAAUAGAUAUCACUCCUGGCCCUAGCGCCUUGCUGACAUUUGCUUUCAAGAAACUCACCUUCUCAAAGAAGCAGCUGGUGCCGCUACUUAUGAUACCCAAAGCUGAAAACCUGGAUUAUCUUGUUAAGUUGGUGAAGGAAGGGAAGCUUAAGUCCGUGAUCGACUCAAAACAUCCUCUCAGCAAGGCAGAAGAUGCUUGGUCUAAGAGCAUCGACGGUCAUUCUACCGGGAAGGUCAUCGUGGAGCCUUAAAACAUUUUAUGUUAAAUUGCACAUCUUGUCCUUGUGUACCUAAAUAAUAGGGUAUGUGUGUGAAUCAUGUAAAGACAGAUAAAUAGGUGCUCUGAAAGAAGAUUUUUAAUGAUAUGCGGUUCUGCACUUUGGUCUUUAUAGUCUUAAA